GUACUUGUUCCUUGCGCUGUGGUUCGGCAUGCACGCGUUCGUCUCCUCGCAGGCGUACAAGGUGCGGAUCCUGACGCAGCUGGUUCGCUUGCCCGUGCCAACGUGGCGUUCGCUGGAGGCGGCGCGCACGUACAGCUCCGCGUUCGAGAAGCUGCCGAAGGGCCAGAUGCUGCGCGUUCCCUUCGCCAUGGGCUCGCAGGAGGAGCAGGCGCCGCGGCCCGGCAGCCAGGAGACCUCCGCAGACCCCUGGCCAGUGCGCGGACGACAAGACGUCCGCGGACGACCCCUGGGGGCUGGAGCGCCGCGGCGACAAGAUCGCGGAGCUCGCCCCGAACGUGAACACCACGGAGGUGGAGCGCCAGCGGCACAUCUGGCUCGCGCGCGAGGCG